AUGGAAGUGUCUAAGGAGCGUUUGAGGCACAUAAUGCUUUGUGAGUUUAAAAAAGGGAACUCUGCAGCUGAAGUGACUCGAAAUAUUCACUCAACUUAUGGAGAAGAGUGCCCGAAUGAAAGAACUUGCAGAAGCUGGAUUGCAAAAUUUGGAAGUGAAGGUUUCAGCCCUGAAAACGAGGCCCGAACAGGACGUCCAAUUGAGUUUGAUGACAAGCUCCUUUUGGCAGAACUUGAAAAACAUCAUACAGUUUCAGUUGAAGAAUUGGCAAACAAGCUUCAUUCAAGCCAAACAACUGUUCACUGCCAUCUUCAACAGCUUGGAAAGGUCCCAAAACUCAGAAAAUGGGUAUCUCAUGAUUUGUCCGAAGUCAACAGCAAAUCUUGA